GGGUUUCGUUCAGGUCGUGGAUGCAUUGAUCAUGUGUUCACCCUUCGUCAGUUGUUGGAACACCGCCACACGUAUUGCAGGCCAACGAUCGUUGUGUUUCUUGAUAUUAGGGCUGCCUUCGAUUCGUUGGACAGAACUGUGCUCUGGAACUGUCUGUUAGAGAGAGGUGUACCUGAGAAAUUUGUUAACAUCUUGAAAGCCCUAUACAGAAACACCUCAGGUAGAGUGAGGGCAUACAACCAACUAUCACCACUGUUCCCAACCAACAGUGGGGUUAGACAGGGUUGCCCAAUCUCACCAUUUCUCUUUAACUUUGCCAUCGAUGACAUUCUGGAGUCAGCUCUGAAGGAUGUGCGUGAAGGUGGUGUAGAUCUGCUACCUGGAGAUAGACUUUUCGACCUCGAGUAUGCAGACGAUAUCGUCUUACUGUGCGAUAGCAUGCAGGCUGCCCAAAUCGCACUCAAUCAGUUGGCGAUCAGUGUCUGUAAGUAUGGUAUGUGCUUUGCGCCGUCUAAGUGCAAAGUACUGUUACAAGAUUGGCAGGAGCCUGUACCUGCACUCACUCUUGCGGGUGAACCGCUUGAAGUUGUCGAUAAGUUUGUGUACCUAGGUAGUUGUGUGAGUGCUGGCGGAGGGGUGACGGAUGAGAUUUCCAACCGUAUAAUGAAAGCUAGGGUGGCAUACAUCAACUUGAGCCACCUCUGGCGCCGUCGCGACGUUAGCCUGGCUGUCAAAGGUCGGGUAUACAAUGCUUCGGUGCGGGCUGCGCUGCUCUACGCCUGUGAAACCUGGCCUCUCCGAGCUGAGGAUGUGAGGCGACUCUGCGUGUUCGAUCACCGCUGUCUCCGCAGGAUUGCUUGCGUUCGAUGGCAUCAUCGCGUGAGUAAUUCUGAGGUUCGGCGGCGUGUGUUUGAACACAGUGGAGAUCACCAUUCAUUGAAUGUCGUCAUCUGGAAACACCGGCUCCGGUGGCUUGGACAUGUGCUGCGAAUGUCACCCCAGAGGCUUCCGUACAGGUCUCUGUUCGCUAGCCCUGGGACGGGUUGGAAAAGGCGGAGAGGUGGUCAGCCCAUGACGUGGCGUCGUGGGAUGAAGGAUAUUUGUGCUAGAUUAGCAUCGGUUGGUGUGUCACGACUCCCUGGUUGGGGUCUGAGAGAUAGCUCAAAUCGAUGGCUCGAAACGUUAUCGGAUAUGGCCAAGAAUCGUAAUCAAUGGCGAAUGUGUUGCGAUUUCCUUCUUUCUUCCAUUCCCGAUGAUAGUUAACGAACACUGUUUGAACCUGUUAAGAAUGAGUGUUUUCCUUCCAGAUGAAGUUCAUUAUUCGUUCUCUACUUAUAUAUAUUUUUUCUUUUCCUGUCU